AUGCUAGGCUAUGGUAGCCAUUCUGCCAGAUUCUCCGGAGAGGCCGCAAAAGCGGCCAAGGUGGCCUCCGCUCAAGGGUCGUUGGGAUUUUCUGGUGACUCAGGAAGGAUGGGUCUGCGCCAAAUAAAAAUCGCGGCGGGUGCGGCCAGGCUGGGCAGGGCCGUCCGAGCUUGGGCCGGCGAGGACCAGAGAAAGAAGGGUUUUUUCCGCGCCUCGGCCAUCCCCUCGGGUGUCGAGCCGUGGGAGUUCUACGCCGGACUCGCCCUCCUGCUGGCCUCCAACUUUGGCGUCGUCGCGCUCGUCGCCGCCGGUCGCGUGUCACCCGGCUCGAUGCCGCCGAUCAACGUCUUCACCGACAUUGCCAACGCCGCGAUGGAAUCCAAGGUGGCGUCGGGAGAGGUGCAGCCGGUGAUGGCAACCUUCUGGGCGCAGUCCUUUUGGGCCGAGUUACUCGGCCAGUACCUCCAGGCCGGCGAGCGGCCAGAGGUUUUUGUCGGCCACUGGUGUGAAGCCGAUCCGGCACGGACCGGCUGGUGCUUGCAGGCCAAGGCGGACGCGCUCUCGCGCCUGCGCGGCGGGAUGGUGCGCGGCGCAGACAGUGGCGGCGGCGCGGUGCGACCUGGGCGGUGCGCGCAUGCCCCGCGCAUGCUUGCCGGCCGAACGCCACGCCGCGUGCUGGCAGAGCUGCCGUUUGCGGAGGCGCGUUCGAUGGCGCGAGCUAUGGGCAUGUCCUCGCGAGAGGAGUGGGACGACUACGACUGCCCCGGCGCCUACCGGCUCCCGAAAGAUCCGGACGUCGCGUGGUCGGCGGAGUGGCAAGGGUGGGAGGACUGGCUCGGCGUGACGCUGCCCUUUGCCGCGGCGCGCGAGGUGGUGCGAGGGCUCGGCCUGGAGAGCGAGCAGCAGUAUGCGGAGCUGCGCAAGGCGGGCGCCGAUCUGGAGCGAGUCAGCGCCGAGGCGUGGAACUCUGGCCACGCACUGAAGGUGCGCCAGGCGGCGGCGGCCGUGGAUACGGGCCGGCUGCCCGCGCGGCCCGAUCUCGUGUAUAGAGAGGAGUGGCGCGGCUGGGAGGACUGGCUGGGCAAGUAG